AUUCUUUAAUUAUUAUUUGUGGCCCAGAAACAAAAGACUCAUGUGAAAAUCAAAUACAGCAACCACAUCAGAAACACAAUACAAACACUCAACUACAAAACAAAAAAUGCUUGACCACAUAGAAGGUUGUUUGUGCAAGCAGCCCAUCCUUGUCAAGAAUGACAACCAGAUUCAAUGGGGGAACUCGAAUCCAAUUCAAAGGACAUUCCUACUUUCUGCUAUGAAUAACUACCCAAUCCGUGGCCUUGCAUGAGGAUAGUGUUGAAGUGUAAGUUCCCGUGGAGUUGAGAGUUGCGUAUAAGAUCCCAUAACGAAGAGAAGCAAGAUGCUAGAGUACAAUAUAUAAAUAUGCGGGCAGAUGAACUUUAUUAGCAUGGCCUUCAGGUUAAAUAUGGUAUGUCUCUCAUGCUUGCGCUAGGUCAUCUUCUUCCUAUUCUUCCCUCUUCUUGUCGAUCGCUUCUUUACCCGCGUGUGCAGGCAUCCAACUACCACGACGAGCAUGAUAAUGAGCAUCAUAAACAAAGAAUAUACACGAGAAAUAAGCGCAUGACCGAACCACAAAUUAAAAAUGAGCAAACUU